AUAUGUGCAAAGUGAUAAGUGUCUGAAACCCACCCCAUAAUUUGAGCAACUAAGUCAUCUUAAGUGCACCGUCAUAAGCUUCUGUCCCUCACCACAUUCGUCUGCCACCCAGACUCCAAAUUACUGUAAACUAAGCCAAAGCCACACCAUGGCAACGGAAGGGUGUCAAUUUGGACAGGAAAGAAUUUAUUUUAAUGUGACUAGAGUUUCGUUGGUUCCGCUCCCUGGUGGGAAUGUGGAAAGGGUCUGUCUAUGUUUUUCUAUACAUGUGUACUAGACUUUACACCAUCAGGAGUUUGGUGGCUGGUCACUGAUCAUUGAUUGAGUUUAAAUAAACAAACAACCGCUCUGAUCACGAGAGGGAAAAAUGUCUGUUUAAAUGAAUAUGUUUUUCUAUAUUUUUUUAAAUACAGCAUAUGUUUAUUUAGUGUUUGGGUAUCAACCAGCAUUCGUCACCAUUUGUUGACAAUUUUUGCCACGUUCCAAAAGAGUCGAUAAUUUUCUGGCCGAUCACCGUUUUUUUAAAAAGUCUGAUGUGUCGAUUCCUCAGAUGCCGAUGUCAAUGUUCCAAUCUUAUUUUGUUAUUUUGUUCCAAUCUUAUUUUGUAAACAUUGAGCAAUAACCGUGAAACAAUACAAACUUGUUGUUUUAACUGCACAUGAGGUAAUAGAAAUGGGGAAAAAAUGUCCAAGCUAUUAAAUAUCAGUUCCUUUUUAGUCUAUUUUUUAAACUUGCAUGUUACACUGCAGACCUGAAUUGAGCCUCUUACAAAAAAAAUAAAGUGCAUAGCAGCAUUUUGCUUUUGCAUAUCAUGGAAAUCCCAAGGUUUCAGGUAGUUAAUGAAAUAAUGAUCUACAAGACAAACUAAUGGCCAGUUGUCCAAUGCCAUGAACUUCAUAAAUUAGCUCUUUUCACUCAUCAUAAGCGUGAACUGUGGGCUGCUGUUACAGUAGGAUUGCAAAUGUUUCAAGUUAGCAAAAGUUGCAUGGGGAACAUUGUGAGUGUGACACCGCACCGGAAGCUAGCCGGGCUGGUUGUACAUGUGAGGAUUGUACUGUACCUGCUGCAAAGUUGUGAAUAAAGUGGCAGUGAGGAAGUAUACAGCUCUAACUGUCCGCUCUUUAUGGUGACGUAACGGACAAGAGGGGAAACGGCCGCUGCCUGACUCUUUGCUCCAGCUAGCUUUAGCUUUAGCUUGAUUGCUGGCUUCGAAUGCUGCAUACUUCGACAGUGCGGUGGUUUCUUCAAUGGAGAAUGAGUUCCAGUUUUGACCUUCGACUCAGCUGAAUUGCACAAAGACCAAAAGAUACAGCGGUGUAAAGGCUUGUGUGUGACUACGUAUUUGAAAGCAGAGUGUUAGUGGACGGGCCUGGGGUCUGUGUGGCUCCUCUUCUUUCUGCCGAGUGACGCUCAGCUCAGCGCUGCCUGCACGCCUCAGCGUCGCCUGCAUGUCUCAGUGCCCGUCUCCACAGCUGAGAGGUAAUCAGAGACAGAUACUCUGCUAGUCAUGUGGCUUUCCCUCGUACUGACUCCACAUCAUAACUCUUGAGGUUGGAUUUGCUGGGAUGCCAGACUAUCAAUUCACAAUGACAAUCAAGAGAUGAGCAUGCAACAAGCAGCCCUGUCCUUCUGUUUUCUGCCACUGGACGUUUGCUGAUUCAUGCAAUCCAGAAGACGAUGCCUCAGUCACCCAGACAACUCUUCUGAAAAGCAGACCUACACAGCACUCACUGUGCACCAUGGCAGGAGAGACUCAGCGAAUGCAGGCUGUCAAAGAGCUGGGCGCUGAGUCCAAACUGCAGGAUGAGGGGACAGCGGUGGAACAACAGAGUGACAAAACCACAAAGGAGUCUUCAGAGCACUUUUCAAGCACAGACACUGAUGCCAGAGCCAGCAGCAGAGGGCCCAAGCUUGACAAAAUAAAGAAGGAGCGGGGCGGUACACACCAGCGUGAGGCUGUAAUUCGGCCACAACAGACGGGCAAGAUUGACUUCAGAUCAUUACAGAACAGAUCAAAGUUUGCCACUGACAGGACUUGGUCCAGUGGCAAAGGGAGUCCCCAAUCACCAAGUGGAAAGGGGCGCGGCAGAGAGAAAAGCAAGCGGUCUGGAAAGGCUGAGCGUGGCAACCCACAGCACCUGUACAGUCUCAGCAUUACAAACCCACGCUCCAACCUCAACAUUGGGAUUGCCUACCCACAGCAGAAGGUUUCACCAGCAACAAAACUGGACACCGGCCGUGGCCUACUCUCGGGCAGCUACAGAUUCCACACUCCCAGCAUACCAGAGAGAGAGGUUGACAUACAGCAAGAAGAGCUGAACUACAGCCGCUGUUUCCAGGAGGCCUCCUCAAACCUUACCUCUCCAAGCUAUACCUCACAGGCACUGGGCUCUUCAAGUGGGACAUUGUCCCACCAGCAUCUCUCCCUGUCACAGAAACAGCAGCCUGCCACAAUGGAGAACAGCAAUGCACAGUCAGGCAGUCAGCUGAUAUUGACUGACUUUCAGCUGAAUGCCUCUACUGCAUGGCAGUCUCCUGAGAGAACAUUUAAUGGUGCUAACUAUGCCUCAUCACAAAAAUCCACUGCUCAUACAGACGCCAACAAGACAAAUACCAUUGUGCCUGGUUCAUUUCAAUACGGAUAUAAUUUUCUGGAAGAGUCAACCUCUGACUCUUUUCCUUGUGAACAGAACCCACAAUCCCAAGACUUUACAGACUCCUCCCACAGUUCUGUUCAUGGGACUCAUAAUUCAUUUUCCUUUUUGCCUGUAGAGGGGCCAAACGUUGCUCAAAACAGCAUGAAAUUCAGUAAUGAACAGCAGCCGGAGUCCAGAAGCUCUUAUCCUCACACCCAGCAGUCACAGUUUAUCCAGGGGGCGGCCUCCAUUCAAUGUCCGAGGAAUCUGAGUGAGGACUCGGCCAGCAGUGACAGCUCCACCGUUUCCAUCUCUCAGCAGUCAGAUCAUGGGAAGUCUGCCCUGCCAGAAAGCACAGACAAUGUCGGACAGGUCGAUGGUAAAGAUUCAGCCAUCACCACAGGUAUUAAAAGGAACUGUCAGCCGAAAGACACGACUGCCAACCAAAGAACACACAUCCAAGCAAGUGUGCACCACACAAGAAAUAUUUCACACUCUCAAGGCACACAAAUGCACUUUCUUAACAAAACCUUAAACAAUUCUACCGUUAAUCAUGUUCACACAGGCUCAGUGCAAUUUGAUAAAAACAUCAAUCAUAAGGUUUUAAAUGGGUUAACGCACUCCUGGGAGGGGCCUAGUAAGACAUUUUUACCAGUGGCACAAAACACAAUUCAGUACAGUGAUUUGGCUGACAAGUUUCAGUUUCAGCACCAGUCGGCACCUGACAAAAGGAUACAUUUAUCUAAAGACAACAGAGUGCCGUGGCAGCAGAUUCGGCCAGCCACUUCCAACCAAAAUCAGUUAUCGAGACAAAUCAGUAAUCAAAAACUGUCUUACAUUGCAGCGCCUUCUGAGUGGCAGGAUGAUUGUAAAUCACAAAAAAAUAGUUCCCUGAAAACCACCGGUUCUUUUCCAAACAGCAGAAGUAGCGAAGGCUUUUGUAACCAAAGACAGGAGGCUGUCAAACAGGUCUCAACAUUCAAAGUAGAGAUGAGCCAUGCACAGCUAUGUGAGUCCAAAAAUAAGGCUAUAUAUUUUGGGCUCAACCAGUCCAUCCCAGUAUCAUCUUCCAGAAGCUACAGCUAUCCACCAUUACAAGUGCCACCCAUGGGUCUUAUGAUGGUUUCACCCUAUGAAUCGCCUUUACCCUCCCCAUCUCAUACCCCUGCAUCCAGUAGUACUUGCUCUUCGCUCUCCCCAGCAUCCACCAGCCCAGUCAACAACACUUCUGAGGAUAGCCAAAUGUCAAAGUCAGGAGCCUCCCUCCCUUUUUAUCAACAGCCAGCGCAGUCCAAAACCCAGUUACCACCCGAUCACCUAAACACUCACCCUCAUCAGUUUCAUGCUGAAGCUCAGAGAAACCUUCCCUAUGCACCAGACCGAGACAAGGACAACAUGAUGAGCUACCUUCAGAGCAACACACACCCAAAGACAAUCAUGGAUGGGAGCAAAGGUUACAUGGACAAUUUUGGGAUGGAGCAUCAUCAGCCUCCUCCCCCUUACUCUGCACAUCAGCUGUUUGCCACUUCAUUAGCCAAUGCUAAUCUUGACCAGUUAGAUGUGCUUCUAACUUGUAAGCAGUGUGAUCAGAACUUCAACAAUGUUGCUUCAUUUCUAGGACACAAGCAAUACUGUACACAGCCAAACGUUCCAAAGAUAGAAGACAGCAGGAAGUUCCACACAGAACCAACAAAAGCAGUGUCAUCUGCAUCAAAUGUUUCGAUGUCAAAAUGCCCUUCUGACCUUCAUCUUUCUCUGUUGGGCCUUAACAAGAACGGAGAGCUUAUAUCUGACAGUGAAGCAAAAGCUGACUGCAGGGAUGAUCCGAUGAAACUUAACUUGUUCUCGGGUUCUGGCAACCUCCCUGUUCCUCUCCCUGAGCUGGAAAUGGAGGAUGCGAAGUUAGACAGCUUAAUUACAGAAGCUCUUAAUGGGCUUGGCUAUCAGUCAGACAAUGCAGAGAUAGACAGCAGCUUUAUUGAUGCGUUUGUUGAUGACGACCUCAACACUGUGAAAGCAACAAACAAACAGUGUCUGAAAACAAAAGAAUCUGUCUUAUUUGAGAACAAAGCAGCAGGUGACAGCGGGUCUUCCACGCAGGAGAAGUAUUUUUACAACUCCAAUCGUGACAGCCCUAAGAGAAAUAAGCCAUACAGCGACAACAAAUUUGAGAAAACAACUCUGAGUUUUGAGCACGAUAAGAAAACAAACAUGAAAAAAGAGACAUCUCCUAAAAAUCCCAAAACCGCCUCAAGGGAAAAGAUGAGGGAACAAGAGAGCAAAGUGAAGGAGGCAAGAAAACCGUGCAAGAGUGAAGAUGAAAGCACGGGUGCCCCAAGAUUUCUCCUAUCCAGCAAGUUCUCUGAGCGCUGUGCUGUUAAAAGCUUUCAGGACAAUUCGGCACCCAUGCAGACCUCCACAUCUCCAACCUCAAGGACUACAGUGAAAGAGAGCAAGCGGAGAAGCACUGGGGGCGGCACAUGGAGCAAAGAACUUAUACAUAAAAUAGUUCAACAAAAAAAUAAGCUCCAUAAGCUUCAUGUUAAAGGUAGCAAAAACCUGCAGUUUUCCUUGGUGAUGGAAAGGCUGACCCCGACUGUGCAGAACCCAGCAUUCGGAGAGUAUGACUAUGUUUCAGACACAGAUGAUGAGUGUGAGCCCGUUAAGAUAGCAAGCCAAGGCCGACUCAACCAAAGCAGUCGUUGUAAAUACACAUACACUAAAGAGUGCAAAUGGCGAGCUAGGAGUGAGAGGGACCAAGCAGCAUGGAGACAUGAAUCAAAAGAGUGUUUCGAGGUGAAAAAAAGUGAAGAGAUUUCUCUUUCACCUGAAAAACACAGUUCCCAAAGACACAAAAGGAGGGGGAGCAGGUCAUCCACAAGCAGUGAACUCAGCACAUCUGUGAGUGUUUCAAGCGACAGCAUGAACAGCCCUAAGAGCACUGAUCGCAUUGAAUCGGACUGUGAGAAGAAGGCGGACAUUAAAAAGAAAGACUCUCCAGAGUGGAAAAGCAAUGAAAGUUGCUCCCCACAGAAGUCAUGCAAAGAGACUGGCACGCUAGCACUGACAUUCACUAAAUCAGUGAAGAUGUGUAAUCCAGACAAAGCCAAUAUCUUUGGUAACAAAGAUGGCACAGAAAAUCCAACACAGUCCAUUCCAAAUACAGAAAUUGUUGAUCCGAUGCCAUCCGCAGCAGUGACAGCCUUUGAAAAAAAAUCAUACAGCAAAUCAAGAGAGACGAUUUCUCAGAGCAAAGAAAAUACAGCCGCUUUGUGUGAAAACGCACUAGAAAGCACAGACAAUCUGUGCCACAAAGAACAAGAACACAGCAAGUCAUUACAGUUUCAUUCACACUCCCCCACUAGCAACAAAGAAACAGAUUCCAAUAUUGACAAAGGCACAAAGGUGAAAAGAAAACAGAGGCCCCACUCCACACAGUCAGAAGUAUCGGGAAACACUACAUUUAAAGAACAGAGCAACAGUGUCUGUUUGGCAAAAGAAGCUAUUACUUUAGUCAAUGAGCUAGACACACACAAGUCUGCUUCUCUUUGCACCAGCCUGAUGGAUGAAGUGUGCCUUUCGCCAAGUCAAAGCCAAGUUCCCUUGAUACAAAAAGACACACUCCACCUCAUGCCCUACACCCUGGACCAGGACCAGGGGCUCAUGAAGUCUCCUCUUACAUUUGACACAUCGUCAAUGUUUGGGGACCUUGCAGCAUUCGACAAUGGCCUAUAUUCCGACAUGCCAAAAGAGGGUUUCCAUUCAUUAGAGAACACAGUUGACAAAAAGGAAGAGUUUGUGUCCUCGUUUUCUCCUUUUCUGGAGCAAAGAGACUGGAACCUUAUAGUAAGCCCGGUGUUACCAGAUGAUAUUUCUCAGUACAAAGGCAAUUUUGAUAAGCCAAAUGAAAAGAAACCAGAUUACAGUGAUGUGCCUUUGUCUUUGCCAGAAAAAAUAAUUGACUACAGUGCAAAUCUGAACGGCUGUGCCUCAGAGGAUGAGUUAGAAAUAAAGCGAAUUGUGAAUGAGCUUGAAAGCCAGCUGCAGACGACUAAGAUGGAAACUCCACUCACACAAGAGGACCCGAAGCAGCUGCAAAUGAGCAAAUUCUCACCUUUACGGCUGAGUGAAGAGUCAGAGAGUGAUACCACAGAUGCUCCAGUGACUUCAGAGCCUUUCACUGAACCAGAACUUCCAUGGAGCAGUCCAUUCCAGUUUGACCUUGUGGACAGACACCACCGUCCACACAGUGCUAUUCACAGUGAGGCUGGGGCCCUUGAGCAUUACACUGAAACGGAGGCUGAUGCUUCAAAUACAAUAAUUCCAACCUCAGAGCUCCACAAUGACCGCAAGCCAGAUGAGAGAAAUAGUGAAAAGGAGAUUGCAAGUGAAACAAAAGAUGAUGUCUUAGAACAGACUCAAUACACAGAAAACCUGAUGAAAAGCCUGGAAGUCAUGUCUGAUUCCCUAUUCAAAAAUGAAGCCAUUAUAUCGGAACACAGAGAGCCAAAUGUCACCUCUCCCACAAGUCCACAACAAGAAAGCGAGUGUCGGGCUCGUGGUGAUCCAGAUGAGAGAGAGAAUCACAAUGAAAAGAAGGCAAUUAGUGGGAAACAGAAUAUAUUUUCACCUUCAAAUAUCAAGGAGCAGAAGAACAAUAUUGAAUUCAUUCUGAAAGAGUCACAGUCAUCUCUCCCUCACAGUUCAGACCACACAAUUGAUGUACACCAGCAGAUUUCGUCAAAGCCAAGCGAGGUGCCAGAAAACGAUAUUAACAAGACUGAGAUGGAAUUCAUUUCAGAUGGGCGUGUACCUGAGGCGAGUAAGCUGAUUGAAUCUUCUCAUUGCUCAAGUGUAGUGGAUUCGCAUGCAGAUGAAGACACUAACACAGACACAACUGUGACUGCCUUGCAUAAAAACUGUGACAGCCCUCCACAUUUGACAAAUAGUUAUGAGGACGCAGAGGCAAACAGGAGCGACCAACCUUUGUCUGUAGACAUUUGCAAGUCAACAAGAGAUGUGGUGAAAACGGGAGAGCAAUCCACUGAUAGCCACUUGGAUCUUAAAAAUAUUGAUUUAUUGAAAUGUGAGCAGUAUGAAAGUACCAGCAAGAACAGACAUUGUUUAGUUAAGGAUCACACUGUAGGUCCAAAGCCUGACUUAUUAGUGGACAUUGUCACCAUAGACAAGCCCUGCAGCCCAAUUCUGGUCGAAAGCAACACAGAAAGUACCAGGAAAUGCUUAACCUUUCAAGACAACCAAUCAAUAGGACAAAACAGUCUGUUGGUCCUUACGCAGAUGGAAAGCAUCAAUGAUGUUGAUGCUAAAAGUUACCCAUGCAAAGCUCCUCAGCUGAAUGACUCAUUGACAACUGAACCAAGUCUUGCCUUUAAUACCAUUCAUAAGCAAGAGGACAUUUUAAAUGUUCAGGACAUUAGAGAAGAUCUCCCUGUGGACUUUAUGGCAAGCCACCAGAAUUCACCAUGCAGAGAGCAUGUGGAGGGAGAUCAGUGUAGCUUUCUACACACCUAUUCACCAGCCAUCCCUCUUUUAGCAACACAGCCGGAAAUGGACAAAGAAGAAAGCACACAACAAAGUAAAUUUAAUAGCUGUGUUGACCCAAGUUCACAUCAAAGAACAAGAUCACCUGAUACCAAGCCUGAAUACCAAAAAGAGGACUGUGAUGAAACCAUGAACACAGAAGCGGAAAUAGAGUAUUCUUUGAUUAUCCCUCCACACCUGGAGCUGCCCAGUUCUGACACCAGCAUACACUCUCCACUUCCUGUGUCCUGCACAGUAGAGCCAGCGGUGCUAUCAGAGGGCCUCGACAAAAGUGAUCCAUCAUAUGGUUUUAAGCUCAGUCCUCUGAACAACGAAAGCAACUCAGACGAACCUCCACAACUGACGCAAUAUGACUACAUACCAAUCUGCAAUACAGUGGAUGUACCGGUCAUUGACACAUCAAUGCAUGGCAGUCUAAAAUAUACAUGUUUUUCAUUGGGUCUUGCAGCUGAAUCCCAGGGCACCAAUUCCUCUGCUGAUAAUGUAAAUGAGGAUAUGAAGGUUAAGACCGAUCCAGAUAACUCUAUCAAGCUGCCUAUGCUUAGAAAGGUUGAAUCAUCAUCAUUUGCAGUGGCAGAGAGCAGUCCACUUGGACCACAAGACAUUUCAGGUUGUCUCACUCCUCAGCCACCCAUCCUCUGUGAAAGUGGACCAGUAACAGAUCCGGGAGAGUGUUUGAAAACAGUAACAUCACCAAAAACGGGUCAGAACAACUCUCAGCAGGGCAAAGUGCUCUGUGAAAUCUGCUUAAUGUGUUUCAGGACUGUGCCAGGUUUGAAGAGACAUAAGGCCAUGAAACAUGUGGUCAGAAAUGAAAAACCCGUUGGCCCACAUAGCACAACAGUGUGCCAUCAGGGGAUGUCGCUUAUUUGUGAAGCAUCAGAAGAGGGAGAGAAGGAACAUAAAGAUGAUUCACAGCCCUACCGGACCAAAAUAGAUGAGAUGACGGAGACAAAUAGCUCCCUAAUAUUGAAAGCAUCAGAGACUGAGUCAAACACAGAGGAAAUGGCAGCUGAGAAAAGUGCAGUGGCAGAGGAUGAAAUAGGCAAUGGAAAGUCUGUGCUGCUAACCAAAACAAAAAAGAACAGCAAAGCUCGAAAGAACAAAAAUAACGUGGAAAACUCAAAGCUUGACCCGUUCUCUGAUGAGCUUUUGAAUAUAUUAAAAACAGACCUCCUUCAGGCUAUAACUCCCGAUUUUAAACGCAAUGAGUUGCAAGAACAAGAGCAGCCUGAAAGAGAUGGAACUGAAACAGAAAAAACACUUCACUGUCUGACUUCAAACACUGGCAUGGAGAAGACAUCCAAAUCACCAACUGGAGAGAUCAAUGUUCCCAGUGAAACUGCAGGAUUCAAUCGACUCACAGAUACAGAUGAGAUCAUAUGCGAAGGCCUGACUGAGGAGGUGAAAGGAGAAGGACUUACAAGUAAUAAUGUGGAAAAGACUACAUCUGUAGAGGGGAUCACCACAGAACACAACAGUUCCAGACAGAGUUUGUGUGCUGCGGAAGAGGCCAAUGAACAUGGACACUCAGAGAAGAGCCUUGCCCAAGAGAUUUUCAGAAAAGCUGCAGUCGAGGUCAAGUGUGAGCUAAACGGCGUCUCUUCAGACCAGCAACAUCCUCUCACUAGUUUGUCCCCGCCUCCUCGCACUCCUUCCGGCGUAAGUCCUGAUCUGAAGGCUUUACUGGACGACGACACCAUCUUCUCACAGUUAUUUCCCAGAGAUGAAGACGCAAAGAGGAAAAAGUGCCCGAGGGUGUACGGCAAAAGAAAUAAAAGACAGAAACUUUCGUCUGAUUCAGGUGUCACUCAGGACUGCACCCCUCCAACGGAGGCAUUUGCACAAGAUAAAACGUUCCACAUAGAAAGCCAAGAUGACAAAGCAUUUGGUGACAACCAAACUAACUCCUGUGAAUAUGCGACCAUAUCAAUUGAUGAUACCAUCAUGUUGAAUAUGUGCCAUAACAGUGCACUGAAGGUCCCUGAUGUCAAGCCAGCGUCAGAUGGUAGACCAAGUGUUCAAGAGGAGAUCCGCGACAACACACAAGAGGUCAGCCACAACCCUUUGAAUCCAUUUCAAAGCACUGUUGAUAAAACAUCCAUCGAGUGGAAUGGCUUUAAUGAGGAGCCGAUAGUGACCUCUGACACUGUCACCUGUAAAGCAGAUGCGGCAAUCCCACCUGGCGCUCUCCCCACACAAGGUGAUGUCUACACAGUGGAGCAGAGUGUCACAGACAGUGGACACAGCAUUGACAUUCAAAACAUCAACACCACAUUUCAGCUUCCUGAAAUUCAGUUCUUUGACUCCAACAAAGAUGUGUCCAUGGCUCCUCCUCCUGCAAGCACUGACAUGGAAAACAAGGAUGAUGAAAAGUCUAAAAAGCUUACGGAUCGGCGAGGCCGAAAACGACAGGAAGGUGUAAUAAAAGUCAAAGAUAAGCAGUACAAAUGCAAAGUGUGCUUCACUUGGUUCCUCACUCUUGGCGAGCUGAACUUUCACAAGCUGUCUCACAACCCAUCCCCACCUCCAACCUGCUACAUGUGUGUCCAGCGUAAGUUCAGCUCCAGGGAGCAGUUGAGAGACCAUCUGUGGGAGAAACAUGCCAAGAACAAGACAGGGAUUUGGACUUGCGGAAUGUGCUUGAAGGAGAUUUCCGAUGUGUGGAUGUAUAAUGAGCAUUUACGAGAGCAUGCCACUCAGUUUGCCCGCAGGGGUCAGUCUCAGGGCUCAAUGUUGGCCAUACCAGGCUGCUUCAUGCAGGAGACGGCCGUCAAAAACUUCAUCACCUCCAUCAUGCAGCACCGGCCCAGCAAAGCCAACAGAGAGUCCAGCAAAGCCACUAAAGAACAAGAGCAAGCAUUCGCUGCAGACGGCAUUUCGGAAGAGGGGAAAACCUCAGAUGAGGCUGAGCGAAGGCUUAACAAACCUAAAAGCAGCACUGGAAGAGGCGGCAGCAAGAAUACACUGACCCCACUGGAGGUCCUCCACAAAACAGAAGCACCGAAAAAUGUGGAGAUGCAUCCAAACUGCAAGGACCCCUCCAGAGACUGUCACCACUGUGGGAAGCGGUUCCCCAAACCGUUCAAACUUCAGCGACAUCUGGUGGUCCACAAUUUGGAGAAGAUUUUCCUGUGUCAUAAAUGUCCAGUCUCCUAUCAGGAGGCCCAGGACCUCAAAGAGCAUCUAAAGAGAGCACAUGCGGAGGCGGGCGAGGUGGAGUCCAAACACACCACCCUCUACACCUGCGAGCUCUGUGCUGAUGUCAUGCAUGUGAUUAAAAAGUCUUUCAUCUGCAGCACCUGCAACUACACCUUCUCGAAGAAGGAGCAGUUUGAUCGUCACAUGGAAAAACACCUGUCAGGGGGGAACAAAAUCUUCAAAUUCAGAGGCGUUCACAGACCUGUCAAAACAUCUUUGUCCAAAGAAGAUGAAUGUGAUUCCCCUGCAAGUAAAAAAAGAAGAAUUCUUUCUGACAGUCUGCAGGAGAACAGCACAGAUAGCGGCAUUGCCAGUGUGGGCUCGUUGCACCCCAACCAAGCCUCAGAGACACAGACUGCUAAAGUGUCCACGUUAGAUGACUCCACACAGACCACCGCGUACAACUACCGCAGUGACACAAACAGUACAAAUGUCAAGACUGAGGAUAUUGCUGAGGAUUACUCUGUUCUACUUGUGGAGAUCGAGAAAUGUAUUUCGAUGGGCUCAAGUGAGUCGGCUGAGCCCAAGGAAGAGGAAAUUGAGCAAACACCCGCAGUUAAUCUUGACAAAGAAGGUAACGCAGAAUCGACAGCUGAACCGUGUGAUGUGAAAGAGGAGAAGGAGUCGGUGUGCAUUCGAGUGGAGACCACCCAGUGGCCAGCAUCCCAACAGAACAGUAGUGAGAGGGAGGAGACAACUAAAGCCAAUGAGGACUCAGCAAGUGGUGACACAGGGAAAGGUGAUUCACUUCCACCCACUAAAGACUCUUUGAGCAGCUUAAGAGAACAACAGGUCACUGCAAAGAGACCAGAGUCACAAUUAGCAGCUGAUGUGAUCGAGCAGCAGAGGGAAGACGAGCGUCAUCCACAGAGAGCUGUCAGCAAACAGCAAGCUUCCUUUAAUGGUGCGGAACAGAAAGACAAAGCUUGCCCCAUCAGGACAGGUGAUAACAGCAAAAGCAACAUCAAGGCGACAGAAUCAGUGCAAGUCUUCCCCUCCAAGGCUUCCCCCAACACGUCAGCUUCAAAUGAGGAUAAAGAAUCCCAGAGACCACAGAAGAAGAAAAAAGACAUGAAAUCCCCGCACAGCAUGCAGAGACUUUCCUUCCCUGCAACUCAGGAGAACUUUGGCGUGGAUUCUCAGGUCAAAAAGAAGUAUCACCCCAGCAAGUGCUUCAAUCCCUCUAUGCAAAGAAAGUCCGAGGGCCCCAAUGAUUACGCUGUUCUAGCAUCAGUGCGGGAUGACGUUAUGAGCAACAAACUAGUACCCAAGUGCAAGACCUCAACGUUAGGAUUGCAGUUAAAAAGAAGUCUGCUUGAUAGCUGUACACCAAAGAAAGCUGACAUGGUAGCCCCUCUUAACAGGGAGUACAAAAGCAAAAAGGGACAUGUGGGGAGGCCCCUGCACGCCUCCUUUUCCAAAGUGUCCUCUGUUCCCAUGAACAAUUCUUUGAACAAGUCCAGGCCAAAGCAAGGGGUGAGGUCAGUCGAGAGCCACUCCUUCAGGACAGCAGAGUCCCAAAACCACCUCCUAAGCCAGCUGUUUGGCCAGAAACUCACUAGCUUUAAGAUUCCUUUAAGGAAGGACACGUCAGAAUCUAUUAACUGAGUGGAGAUUGAGGGAUCUGUGAAUGAAAGACUUUACAUUUCACAGUUCUUAAGGUUUUAUACUUAAUUCAUGAUGGUGAAUGAGAUUGCACAGCUCUUUUCUGUGAAAUGUUAUCUUAAAUACUUACAUAGUCACUUUAUGUCUUCUUUGUACAUGUGCUUUUUUUCACACAAAUGUGAGGACAAAUGGCAAAUAUGAAUUUUGGUUCCAAAAUUAAUAUGCUAGUCGAAAAUUCUUUUUUUUUUUUUAAUAUUAUCUGUUCCAGAGAUUAUAUUUCAAAUAUCUAUAGAAAAGAAAAGGAAUACUUGAAAAUUUAGUUGCAUACAUCCUUUGAAGACGUUCAUCUUCAUUUUGCAUUCAUAACAUGGGCUUAUCAGUGCAAGGCUUUCUUCCAAAGGAUCAAAUGAUGUAAUUAUUGACCUGGACUCUUGUCUUUGUACAUGCUUCCAAUAUAUUAUUGUUUCUAAUUGUUAACUGCACUGCAUUGACAUUCAUUAUAUUAACCUUUUGUAUAAACAUACAUGGUGCUACAUUGUGUUUUAUUGUAAUGUGAAUGCCAACGUCCUCAGAAGGGAACACGAGACCUGUAGCAGUUACAGCACGUUGUGUGUUUACUGGUUCUCUGUCAUUUAUUCAAGAUACUGUGUAACCAUCAAGGGCUCCAUCUGUAGGCUGGUCCAAGACAACAUUAGGAAAGAUUCCAUUGUAUAAACUCAGGUGCAUACAAGGGCAUCGCCGUCCUUCGACCUGUAUUCGGAGUUCUUCCCAUGCACUGAUAAUAUCACUCACACACACUCACACACCACAACCAUCUGUGUCUGCAACUCCAAACUGUUUCAUACUGAAGAGUAUUUACUUGGACAAAAAAAGGUGCUUUAUCUUGUUUAUACUGUAUGUAUCGUAAUUUGUAUGAUAUUGUAGGUAGAUUAUUGUCAGGUGUAAUGCUUAAUAUUAUCAAAUUUUUAUUUUAAUAAUGUGCAAAAGAAUGACCAGAAAAGGGAAGUGCAGUCAGUGCCUCGUGCAAGCUGUAAAGUGGAUCACUAAGUGCCUAUUUUAUAGUUGUCAUUAAAGAUCUGUAUCGAUCUCUCCUGGCUCUUUUUCUUCCGUUGUACAUCAAAACUUGCAUCCCUGCAGAUGUACCUGUCACCGCCUGCAUCAAACAUGAAGCGUUGCUGGUGCCGGGAGGCAAAAACAGAUGCAUAUACACACACACACACACAACAAAGAUGUUUUUCCCACACAACUCUGACUGGUCACAAAUGUAUCUUUACUACAGGGAGACACAAUUUAUCCAAGCAUAUGUUCUCUGCAGCACACAGCGCGGAGACUUGGCUUGUGUUGUCCUCCCACCAUGUGUAAAGUGGCUUCUGUUCCUACAUGAGUAUUUGUCAGCAUCACAUAGGAAUAAAAAGCCAUAGUACACACUGGCGUACACUGAAGAGAAGACGCAUUCGGCCACUGAAUGACGGAACCUUUGAAAAGGGGGCACGGGAGAGAGAAAGACAAAAGAAAUGUAUGAGUUCAUACCGAAAAUUCGAACAGUCUUUUGUACGUCUGACUGAAACUGAGAAAUAACAUCAAUUGUUAAUCAGUGAGUAUUCAAUUUGGUUUUAGUCAUACAGAAGUAGUACACACAUUUAUCUGUGCACUCUAACAUUCGUUUAUUCAUCAAGCUCAUCUGACUGCGUGUCAGACCAAAAACAUGCAUGUUGGCUUAGUUGGAGAUUCUAAAUUGUCUGUAGGUGUGAAUGUAAAUGUGUAGUCAGCUGGGAUAAACUCCAGCUCACCCUAAUGGGAACAAGUGGCAGAGAAAAUUGAUUUACUGUAAUUCUGAGCAUGACGAGUAUGAGAGAGAGAAAGACCUGUCUGCUUUGUCCAUCGGCUCACUGACUUCAAAUUCAUGACAGCAGAUCACCCUUGACUUCAGUUAUGAUAAAAUAACAUGAAUCAUAAGUA